AUGGCGACCUUCUUCACCGACCUCAUGACCUCCAUCUUCACUCCCGGCCCCACAUCCUCCCUCCUCAUCGCCACGAAUGUCUCCUUCGCGGCACUACAAGUUACCUUCUUCGGGCUCCUAAUCGCGACCUUCUCGAUCCACUUCGUGGUGCUCUCUGUGCUGUGCGGAUCGCUGUGGUGGGGUAUCAACUGGUUUGUAGCUGAGCUGCGGGCGCAUGAGGCGGCGGAGAAGGAGAAGGCUAGGGAGGAGGCGGAGGCGAGGGGGGAGAGCAGCGAGAGUGAUACGGAUGCGCAGACUGUGGUGGGAGUGAAGCGGGGGAGUGGGGUGGAGGUUAGGGAGGAGGUGGAGGGGUUGGUGAAGAGGGAUUUGGCGGAGAGUCCGCUGAGGAGUAAGAGUGAUGUUAGUACGGAGGAUGAGUGGGAGAGGGUGUCGGAGAAUGAGAAGGAUAAAUAG